AUGCCAAAUUUACCAAGCUUCGAUAAAACACCUGUCAAGGAUCCGCCUGCUCAGGAAUUGCCACAGCGGACACCCACUCCAGAGGGCCAUGACCAGAUCACUGUAGUGCGAGCUGUGGUCAAAAAGCAAAACUUGACUAUUUCUCAUGGCCAGCGUUCUGUAAAGAAAGCAUUAAAUCAAGCUUCAAGGAAAUCCGCUGUUCAGGCGCAGAAUCGAAUCUUAACUAAAAAAAGAAUGAUUUCCAAAGCUCAGCCACGACUCAAGAUUUCCUCAUCACUAAAAAUUAAGGCCAAAAAACACUUGGCAGUAUCGACGGGCAGUAAGAGUUGCUUAUUCUUUAGUUGCUCUUGGUGCCAAUUCCGAGUGUCUGACCGUGAACACUUUCAGCGUCACAUCUCACUGCACAAUUUUUUUCCACAGGGCUGUCGUCAAGCUUGCAUUUGCCUAUUCUUUGACAUUCUCCUUAUCUAUCUUUGCAAGAUCCACAGUAAUUGCUCCUUUUGUUUCUUUGUCUUUCUUUGUAUCACUUGA